GGUCUCGAUUAAAAGUGAAGAAAGAGGAUGGAACUAGGGUUUUAGAUUCCAUUUCUUCUCCCGUUCCUUCAAUGGCUCUGCAACUAAGAUCAAGAUUUCGACCCAUCCAAAACCCAAAGCUAAUCAAGUUAUUCUCAUCGGAGUCUAAUAAUAAUGGUGACAAGGUUCCAUCAUCAUCAUCAUCAUCAUCAUCUUCCUCUCUUUUCAGUGAUGUUAAAGAAAGUCUACAACAACCAUCAUCAUCACCGCCUCGAAGAAAUACUUUAAAUGAUUCUCCUCCUCCUCCUCCUCCUUCUUCUGCUCCUAAAUUAGACGAAAUUAGAAAAAAUCUCUCUGAAUUUCGUCGUAGAUCUUCUGUUCCUCCUCAACCAACGACUUCAUUUCAACAUCUUUACAAGAGAAACGUCCCUGAGAAAACUGAUGAAAAUAAACAGGGGAACGUUUCGAUUAAUUCAAUUCGUGAAAGCUUAAGAAAUAUUCGGAAAAUCAGUGAGAAACCAAAUGCUCGACCUAAUAAUAACAUAUUAAGUGGAAUCGAUACUAAUUCCUUUAAAUCAUUCGUGAAGCGGGGCAGUGACCAAGAGACUAAUCAAUCUAAUGCAGCGUUAGGAGGAGGAUCGGAAUUACCCAGUGAUAUUUUUGGUGGUAAGGAAAUCAAGGAAAAAUCAGAAGCUGAGAUGGAAGCAAUGAAAACUGAGUUUUUGAAUCCAUACUCUCAUGAAGAAUUAGGUCGAAAACUUCGACAGCUUAGACCAGAUGAGACUACUAAAAAGGACUUCACAGUACAUGGAUUGAAUGAGAGGCUUAAGAAAUUGAGAGUAAUGGAAGAACAAGUUGUUGAUAAGGUUGGAGGGUUGCCACUUAAGAGUCUUAAAGAGAGUUUAUUGAAAUUGAAGCUUGAUUCUGAUGACAAAUCUAGGAUGCAGAUGCAUAAUAUUUCUAUAUUCGGUGGAUACCGGAAUCAAUAUACUGGACCUGCAAAGGAGCUUUUAGUUGAAAAGUAUUUCCAUCCAGAUAACAUGUCUUCAGAAGAGAAGAUGAAGUUGGAGCUCAAGAAAGUUCGGGACGAGUUUAAAAUAUCAGAGUCGGACUGUGGAUCUUCCCAUGUUCAAGUUGCUCAACUGACAACAAAAAUCAAGCAUCUAUCAUCUGUUUUACAUAAAAAGGAUAAGCAUUCUAGAAAGGGGCUGGUAGCAAUGGUGCAAAGGAGGAAGAAGAUUCUUAGAUAUCUCCGAAGAACAGACUGGGAUUCUUAUUGCCAAGUUCUCUCACAACUUGGGCUGAGGGACAACCCAGACUACAAACACUAAGCCCCAAAAUCUCUCUACUUCACCUUAUUAUGCGCUGACAAUUUUCUUGAUUUUGUACUUGUGUUACAUUCUUUGGUUAUUUUUGUACUCACUGUUGUCUAAACAGUGAUAUAUUAUGUAACUGGGUCUAGAAAUGAGAUCUUUCUGGUUUUUGUAUUUCAAGCAAACAGACCUGGGUCUAAACAUUGACAGUUCUUAGAA